GGCUUACGGAUGAAUCGAGAAAAGGCUAAGGCAUCGUCUCAGAGCUAGCCGAGCUUCCACGCGAGUAGCGUCAGCCACUUGUGCCCCAAGAAAGAAGCUACUCACGGGAGAGCAGUACUUUGCUCCGAGACUGGACUGGGUCGGCCCGCUGUUUAAAGGACCUUGGCCUACCGACUUGGGUCGUCGCUCAGCUAUGGUGACUUGUAUCGGCACAAGAGCAUAAGUAUCAUAUGGAGCACAUCUUGUGCACUGACCUGUCACUCGUCAUCCUUUCUCAUCGCUCUCAAGAUGAAGACACCUUGCUUGUUGUCUUCCGCCUUACUGGGCGUACUCUUUCUUUUCCUACACGUUUCCGCCGUUCAAAUGGUCUCGACGCUUCACACACCACAAGUACCUAACCGACCACUGGAGUACGACAGCAAACUAGCCCAUGAUCCGUCACUUGGGUCGAAUCCUAUUUCUGAUGGCUGGUAUGCCGAUCCCGACGGCAUCAAGUUCGGCGAUACGUACUGGAUAUACGCCACGCUCUCCAUCUCUUUCGACGAACAGACAUACUUCGAUGCAUUCUCAAGUCAGGACCUCAACUCAUGGACGAAGCACACCCAGGUCUUUUCUGCGAAUGGUUCCGAAUGGGCCGAGUCUUCAUUUUGGGCACCUUGCGUGGUCGAGAGAGAUGGCCAAUACUACUUCUACUACACGGCCAACAACCCAGUCGCCAACGAAGACAAUGCUGGUAUAGGUGUGGCUGUGGCUUCGACCCCUGGCGGGCCGUUCAUUGACCUGAUCAACGAGCCCAUUGUUGGCAAGAGAAUCAACGAAGGCAACCCCAUGGAUCCACAGGUCUUCGUCGACGACGACGGUACAUACUACCUGGUAUGGGGUGGCACGCGUGCCUUCAUCGCACCGCUGAGCGCCGAUAUGGCGAGCUUGGAGUUGAGUGAUGAUUUCGCAGAGCCUAGGGACAUCACUCCAGACCACGGCUAUACCGAAGGCGCGUUCAUGCUCAAGCGCGAUGGCCUCUACUACUUUAUGUGGUCGGAAGGUGGAUACGGGACGCCUGAUUAUCGUGUCGCCUACGCCAUGUCCAAAUCGCUUUUCGGGCCAUUCAAUCGCGCGGGCUUGGUACUCCGGAAGGAUGAUGUGGCAGAUGGUCCUGGGCACAAUUCUGUCUUCAAGGACGAUGAUGGUCAGUAUUACGUUGUGUACCAUAGGCGUAUCAUCGGGGACGACGUCGCAGACCAUCGCAUUAUCGCUGUGGAUCGAAUGACUUUCGCGAGCAAUGGGACGAUCAAGGUGGUACAGAUGACAUAGUGGCGGAGAUUAUGCAUACCUCUGUCAUAGAACGAGACAAUCGAAAGGAUUGUGGUUGCUGCGAGCUACACCCAGUCCAGCCCUUCUCAACAUGUCUCCCGUCGACCAUUGCCAGGCCAAAACGUAGUUUUGGCAAUUGCCCCAUCAGUGGAGAGCAUCCUCCACAAUCUUCCACUUGACUGUCUCGAGACCUCCUGUCAGAGAGAGCCAUCUCUUUGCUUGCCGUUCUUGAAGGACAGAUUAUCCAGUCGGAGUCUUUACUGGUCUUCUCUGCAGAGUUGCUAAAACGCGGCUGAUGCAUGUCCGUGGAAUACCAACCAGCGGUGUAUGCAGUGGUAG